AUGUUACUCAUGAAAGCUAAUUUCUAUUUGUGCUUACUCCUACUAUACUCAUUUUGGAUAUGUUCAACCGAUGCGCGACGUGGACGCACCAGAAGCAGAACAAAAUCCAAGGUACAAAUCGGAUUACCCAUCACCGGAAAGUACAGGGAUCCCGAAUCAGAUCAAUAUUACAAUAAUAACGACGGUGCAAAAAUUCUACUUGCAUCACAUUUUGACCUUGAGUAUGUACUGGGACACAAGAUUGCAUUCUUAUGUAUCGCCAAAGGGUCACCUCGACCGCAUAUUACAUGGUUUAAAGAUGGAGUGGAAAUAUUUGCCCAUCACUACUUACACAUUCACGAGUGGCCUAUUGGUGAUGACCGUGUGAAAUCGAAGAUUGAGAUUGACCCUGCCACUCAAAUGGACGCCGGCGUGUACGAGUGUACGGCAGACAACAUGUACUCCAUUGAUAGGCGCUCCUUCAAGACAGACUUUUCCAUUGCCUUCGACUGA